AUCGUCUACUCUACGCCGAUAUAUUGCCUUCUUCUGGCCGCCUGGUGCGAUUUGCCCUUCUCCUCAAGCAAAGUUCAAAACAGAAGACGCCAUCCCACUCUUCUUCUAUCCCGAUCCUGCGCACGCCGAAGCUCCCUAUUACCAUGGUUACAGUGAGCGUAAAAUGGCAAAAGGAGGUGUUUCCUGCUGUGGAAAUUGAUACUAGCCAGCCUCCAUAUGUCUUCAAAUGCCAGCUAUUUGAUCUGACUGGGGUGCCACCUGAAAGGCAGAAGAUUAUGGUUAAAGGUGGUUUGUUGAAGGAUGAUGCAGAUUGGUCAAAACUGGCAGUGAAAGAGGGACAAAGGUUAAUGAUGAUGGGCACUGCUGAUGAAAUUGUCAAGGCUCCUGAAAAAAGCCCUGUGUUUGUUGAAGAUAUGCCAGAAGAGGAGCAAGUUAUUAAUGUGGGUCAUUCUGCUGGCUUGUUUAAUCUAGGAAAUACAUGUUACAUGAACUCCACUGUUCAAUGCCUUCAUUCUGUUCCAGAACUGAAGUCUGCUCUUUCGCUGUACCCUCAUGCGGAUAGACGAAAUGAUCUGGAUAGCUCAUCUCAUCUUCUGACUGUUGCAACCCGUGAUUUAUUUAAUGAACUUGAUAAAAAUGUCAAACCAGUGUCUCCGAUGCAAUUCUGGAUGGUAUUACGUAAAAAAUAUCCUCAAUUUGGCCAGCUCAACAAUGGUGUCUUCAUGCAGCAGGAUGCUGAAGAAUGUUGGACACAGCUUCUGUACACCCUUUCUCAGUCUCUUAAAAGACAAGUUUCCAGUGAUACUUCAGAUACUGUGAAGGAUAUUUUUGCCAUUGAUCUUGUCAGCAGGGUUCACUGUGCCGAAAGUGGUGAAGAAAGCACAGAGACUGAAUCAGUGUAUUCCCUUAAAUGCCACAUUUCACAGGAGGUGAACCAUUUGCACGAGGGUUUAAAACGUGGCUUGAAAUCAGAACUGGAGAAAGCUUCUCCUUCUUUAGGUCGCAGUGCAAUUUACCUAAAAGAUUCUCGAAUUAAUGGUUUGCCAAGAUACUUGACCAUUCAGUUUGUUCGAUUUUUCUGGAAAAGGGAAUCAAAUCAAAAGGCAAAGAUUUUGCGGAAAGUAGAUUAUCCAUUGGAAUUGGAUGUCUUUGACUUGUGUUCAGAUGAUCUGCGCAAGAGAUUGGAAGGUCCUCGCAAGGCUUUAAGAGAUGAGGAGGGUAAGAAACUUGGUUUACAAGCUAGUGGGAAGAGUUCUAGCUCGAAAGACAAUGAUGUCAAGAUGACUGAUGCAGUGGAAUCAUCCAGUGGAAGUGGAGAGUCCUCAAAACCAGCACCCCAAGAAGGUGUUUUGCCCGAGAAGGAACAACACUUGACCGGCAUAUAUGAUUUAGUUGCUGUGCUGACUCACAAGGGAAGAAGUGCAGACUCAGGGCACUACGUUGCCUGGGUCAAGCAAGAAAAUGGAAAAUGGAUUCAAUUCGACGAUGACAAUCCAAUACCACAACGCGAGGAAGACAUCCCUAAACUUUCUGGUGGAGGUGACUGGCACAUGGCAUACAUUUGCAUGUACAAGGCUCGCGUCACCCCCAUGUAAUAUUUUCUCUUGGCAUGUUUGGUCAUUUGUUGUGUUUACACUACACAUUGAGAUUGGUCUCUCUUUGAAUCUGUUGAGCCGCGUGCUACUAGUUUCGGACUAAAUUCUUAACUUUCGCGAUAUUGCCAUUUGUUACUCUGUUUACUAGCUUUUAUGAUUCUGUCAAAUGUAUGGGAAACUAUUUAUAGACAUCAUUCACAUAUUACAACUUUUACGAGUUCCACUUUGGCAAUGAAUGCCAUCUACGAA